UGAGAAGAGAGGGUUUUGGACCUGGUACACUAAUUUAGUACGUGGAGAAAUGUCCCACAAUUAUUGAGUUCCUAAACGUCCAAUAAAGAAUGCCCGCUCUAAGUAUGGAAAGUCCGAAUCAGAUCCGAGCUGGAUAACUUUUCCUUUUCGAUUUCUCCUCCUUUUUUUUUCCCCCAGUUCCUCUCCUCCCUCUCUAUUAAUAUUUUUAAACUAAUCAACUUCAUCCACUUCUGAGUUUCUGAUCCAUCAUUUCCCCAAAAACUGCUGGGAUCUUUAAUCACCAUCAUCAUCAUCAUCUUCAUACAAAUUAGCCAUCUGGGUUUCAUUAAUUUCUUCAUAUAAACAGCUUUCAUUUAGGAAACUCUGGUGUGGGGGGAAGUUGAUCAUCAAGAAAGAUUAGUUCUUUCUUUUGCUGUAUGUCAAAGAUAUUCAGUCAUAAUAACACUCAUUGUUGUUGUUGUCUUUAUACGAUCAAAGAGGAGUAUUUCGACCGGGGAUUUAGCGAGGUAGACAACCCAUUACAAUGGCCUCAACUUCGGAAAAAGCGACGCCCCUUUUCCCGGAAGCUUCCAUCUCUGCUUCCGCCACCGCUGCUGCCGGCGGCGCCGAGGUUUGGACCACAGCUGACAAUAAUGACCCCAUGGCCCCUCAAUUAAAAAAAGAUGGUCCUUUGAUGAAACCCAUUGUUGAUGAUUCCAUUACCAACUCAUCUGCCACAACACAUCCUAGUUCUACUCCCAAAGGUAUGUAUGCACAUGAUUAAUUGUAUCAUGUAGAGUAUGAAGAAGGUUGAGUUAAUUUUUGUUUUUUUUUUUAAUAAAAAAAAGGUGGAAUCAAUUGAUAAAGACUGCUGCUUUUUUUUACUUAGCGCUGUAAAAACAUUGACACAUUGACUGUACCUUUUUGCUCCGUUUUGUUUUCUUUGGGUAGUGCCGUAGUGGUUAGUGACUUGGUGGUUCUGAAUUGGUUUAAUCUUUAAAUUUUAUGGAAAAAAAGAAGACAUUCAGACAAAUCGGGGAAAAGAUAGGGCAAUGUCUGGAUUCUGAUUAUUAUGAAUUUAUCUGUAUUCUGAUUAUUUUAGUUUGGGUUAUUUUUCUUUCUUUUCUUUUGGAGGUCUUUGACUUUAACCUUUAAGACGGGUUUUCUUGCUAGUAUAAUCUUAGAUCAAGUCUGAAAAAUCUUAUUAUGUGGAUUAUCGCAAUAACACGAGAAACCCAAGUUCAAUUGGUUCAGCUAGGAUUUAGGAACUGUGCAUUUUCCCAUCUCCAUACUUUAGAAUUCCUUUUCCUGAUGAAAGAAUUUAUGUAUCAGUGACGACAUUGUCCGUCCAAUAAUUUGAUCCUCAGAAAGAUUCAUGUUCCAAUUUGCUCUGCUAAAAUAAGAGUUGAUCUUUUUAGGCCCUGGGGGCACCCUUCCAAGUAUGUUGAGGGUUCAAACUCGCCAUCCCUUGGACCCCCUGACUGCUGCUGAAAUCUCAGUAGCUGUGGCAACUGUCAGGGCUGCCGGAUCAACUCCUGAGGUUAUUCAAAUUUCGUCACUCUUUUUGUCCCUUUUCCAAAUUUCUCUGUUCUGUGAUGCUAGUUUUCCGUGUUAAUUAUGUAGGUGAGAGAUAGCAUGCGAUUCAUAGAGGUGGGCUUAGUGGAGCCACCCAAAAAUGUGGUGGCUUUAGCAGAUGCAUAUUUUUUCCCUCCUUUCCAACCAUCAUUGCUGCUUAGAACCAAAGGUGGGCCUGCAAUUCCUAGUAAACUUCCUCCGAGGCAAGCUAGACUUAUCGUGUAUAACAAGAAAUCAAAUGAGACCAGCAUCUGGAUUGUGGAGCUAUCAGAAGUUCAUGCGGUUACUCGAGGCGGGCAUCACAGAGGCAAAGUAAUUUCAUCCAAUGUAGUGCCCAAUGUUCAGCCUCCAAUGGAUGCUGUUGAAUAUGCUGAAUGUGAAGCUGUUGUGAAGGAGUAUCCUCCUUUUAGGGAAGCAAUGAAGAAGAGGGGUAUUGAGGAUUUGGAUCUUGUAAUGGUUGAUCCCUGGUGUGUUGGUUACCAUAGUGAAGCUGAUGCACCUAAUCGUAGGCUUGCUAAACCACUCAUCUUCUGCCGAACUGAAAGUGACUGUCCAAUGGAAAAUGGUUAUGCCCGUCCAGUGGAAGGUAUCCAUGUAUUAGUUGAUAUUCAGAAUAUGGUGGUGCUUGAGUUUGAAGAUCGUAAAUUAGUGCCCCUUCCACCACCCGAUCCUUUGAGAAAUUACACAGCUGGUGAAACAAGGGGAGGCGUUGACAGAAGUGAUGUGAAACCUUUACAAAUUGUUCAACCUGAUGGUCCAAGUUUUCGGGUUGAUGGUCACUUUGUUCAGUGGCAAAAGUGGAACUUCCGCAUUGGUUUCACCCCUAGGGAAGGUUUGGUUAUAUAUUCAGUAGCAUAUGUUGAUGGUAGCCGAGGCCGUAGACCAGUAGCCCACAGAUUAAGCUUUGUUGAGAUGGUGGUCCCCUAUGGAGAUCCAAAUGAUCCACACUACAGAAAAAAUGCUUUUGAUGCUGGAGAAGAUGGGCUUGGAAAAAAUGCACAUUCUCUGAAAAAGGGAUGUGAUUGUUUAGGCUUCAUAAAGUACUUCGAUGCACACUUUACAAAUUUCACAGGAGGUGUGGAGACAAUUGAAAACUGUGUUUGCUUGCAUGAAGAGGACCACGGAAUCUUAUGGAAACAUCAAGAUUGGAGAACCGGUUUAGCUGAAGUUAGGCGGUCACGACGAUUAACAGUUUCUUUCAUAUGUACAGUUGCGAACUAUGAGUAUGGAUUUUUCUGGCAUUUUUAUCAGGAUGGAAAAAUUGAAGCUGAGGUUAAGCUAACAGGUAUUCUCAGCCUGGGUGCUCUUCAACCUGGAGAAGUUCGAAAGUUUGGGACAACUAUUGCACCAGGACUAUAUGCACCGGUGCAUCAACACUUCUUUGUGGCACGGAUGGAUAUGGCGGUUGAUUGCAAGCCUGGGGAAGCUUAUAACCAGGUUGUUGAAGUAAAUGUUAAGGUUGAAGAACCAGGAAAACAUAAUCCUCACAAUAAUGCAUUCUAUGCCGAAGAGAAACUGCUCAAAACUGAAUUGGAAGCAAUGCGUGAUUGCAAUCCUUCCGCUGCCAGGCAUUGGAUUAUCAGGAACACAAGAACUGUGAACCGUACUGGCCAAUUAACAGGUUACAAGUUAAUGCCUGGUUCAAACUGUUUGCCGCUUGCUCGUGCUGAGGCGAAAUUCCUGCGAAGAGCUGCUUUCCUGAAGCACAAUCUUUGGGUGACACCAUAUUCACCAGACGAGAAGUUUCCAGGAGGAGAGUUUCCAAACCAAAAUCCUCGAGUUGGAGAAGGGUUAGCGACAUGGGUGAAGCAGAAUCGGCCACUAGAAGAGACAGAUAUAGUUCUUUGGUUAGCAUUGUCCAUGCUGCAUUUUUCAUCUGCCAUUUCAAUGCAGUGUCAUGUUAUACUCUGAAUUAUUAUCUAAAGUUUCCUUUCGAAAUUCGCAGGUAUAUAUUUGGAAUUACACACGUACCACGCCUAGAAGACUGGCCAGUGAUGCCAGUGGAGCACAUUGGUUUUACCCUCAUGCCUCAUGGAUUUUUCAAUUGCUCCCCUGCUGUGGACGUGCCUCCAAGCUCAGGUGAGUUUGAUGUGAAGGAGAAUGGGAUAAUGGCCAAACCCUGCCACAAUGGAGGAGUAAUGUCAAAGCUUUAAGAACUAUUACUAUUCAUUUUGGGAAUUGGUCCCUCCAUAUGGCUCAGCAAUUAACAUCCAGUUUAUAUGUUCCUAAAUCCUAAUAGACUCAGAACUAUCUAUAUUUGGGUAGGCACUCUACGUGUUACUUCUAUGAAUGACCAAAAAAUCCUUCAAUCGCAUAUAUAUUGCAGCUUGCGCGAUUCAAACUUGUGGUCUCUUAUUGAGAUUUUCGAACAUCUAAUGACAGAGCCAAAGGUUCGUUUCUAUAUGUGAAUACUUCAACGUUGAUUC